AGAGAGAGAGAGAGAGAGAGAGAGAGAGAGAGAGAGAGAGAGACUCACUAUAAGGAUGGUAUCGAAAGACAGACAGCUGUGUGCAGGAAAUUUCAUAUCUAUUUCGAGUUAUUUUCCAGUUUCAAGUAAGUUUUUCACUUAUAUUAGCUUUUGUCCAGUACAUAUUUUCUUGGCAUGGAGGUAGCAAUCAUCAGCAAAAACCACGCUUAUGGGCGAUGGGUAGUGUGUCCCUCUCAGCGGGGCUUCGGCAGGUCUCCUUUCCUCAUUAAUGUGAUCCUUACCGGUCGGGAAUUGGUUGGGCUGAGCAGGGCAGGUUCUGCCUUAUGCCGAGCAUCAGGACUGUGUUCCAGGUUUUGAUUUCACGGCCGUGCCUGAGACUUACAGUAGAGUUCGUUACGCGUCUGCCUUCCAUGUGUCCGUCAAACUUACACCGUAUCCUGAGUACUCGACUAUAUUAGGACUAUCCGUUCAUGCUCUUUUAUACUCUAUCAGUCUUGACCUCUUCAUUUCUGCUUUGCCUCGGUAUUUUUUUUUCUUGCCUCAGUAUGUACGUAAAAAUACACCCACGCUAAAGCCACCUGGCUCUCCAGAGAUUGCACGUGCCUUGGUGUUGGAACUGGCUCUUUGUCCCUUGAGGUCACGCUUGGGGCUAAGGGCGUGCUUGUAGAACACCUGCUAUGAUCUGUUGGCUAGCCACGCUACCCUGAUGUUUGGCCACAGUGAGCACAAACUCGAGAUACCAGCAGGGAGAGAGAGAGAGAGAGAGAGAGAGAGAGAGAGAGAGAGAGAGAAAUUACAUGAGGCAACAGACCGCCUCGUACUCGUGCAGUCAGUCAUCGCCAGCCACGCGUUACAGAGAGUCAGAGUUAAGUUUGUCGUUAUCUUGCUUUGCUUGCGGUGGCUUAGGAUAGUGACAGAGAUCGCGUUGAGUGUGACUCAGGUGCUCUCCCCUUGCCUCCUCAAACGUCGUGACGCAUGCGGUCGAUUUAUACAAAGAGCAAAUACAAAGGAACAACAAACGGUAGCAGAUUUGUUGCCCAAUACAAAGCUGCUUGUGAUAAACCAAUACAUUAUUCUAUAUGAGGUGUGAAAUGUUGGACAGCAAAGGCAACUGAUAGACUGAGAACAAUCAUAACCUGAGAGAGAGAGAGAGAGAGAGAGAGAGAGAGAGAGAGAGAGAGAGAGAGAGAUUAUUGCACAUGAGAAAGAGUAUUAUGUAGCGCAUUCUCAUGUAUCUCUGCGUCCUAUUUCAAUCAUUUUCAAGACACUGUAUGUUGUGCAAGUGAAUGAAGAUUACAAGGGUGUUGUCAUGAUUGUUGUCAUCUUUUAACGAGGAUUCUGCACCAACAAAAAGAAAAAGGCAAGAAUCUAGACUGAUCAUCACUGUGACCUUUGAAAUAGUGCUUCUAGGAACCCAAGAUGCUUCGAAUAUAUAUAUAUCAGAAAUCGAUUCGAGACCAGAGCCAUGUGUCGUAGUAAGCCGCUCACUCACCUGCAGGAAUAGCGAAGUAUUGAUCGUCUCGCUGGCCUUAAGUUUGAUCCAUCUCUAUAAGCCUCAGUUUGUUUCUCAAGGCGUAUAUGAUGUGACCUAAAGGGAUUGUCGCGGGUAUCUCUAGUGCUGGUUAGACUGGAGCGCUGUGACUGUUUAACAUUAUGAUGGUGAUGAUUAUGUUGUAUAGGUUAGGCAAAUGAGUGGAUUGUAUUGUGGUGGUGUUUUUCAGCACCACGAAUCACUCGAUUACGGUGAUGUCGCGCAGUACUCAUACCAUGUGAGCAUCAAGGAUAUCCCGCCAUGAACAUGUAGCGUAUGAAGCCACGACUUGAGCGUGCGUCUUGAGAAGAAAGAUAGGACGUGCUAGUAAUGAAAGUUGUGCUGCAAUUUUUCUUACGCCGUAACUUCCUCCCAAACACUUGAGGUGGAGUGGUGGAGUCCGGCCCCCACCUUGACUCUUAUCACUGCACCUGGCGGCCCGGGACAUGAAGACUGAGUACCGCCGUCACCUCUAUCGCCCCCUGGAUGAGACACAUGCUUGUUAUCUUAUGAAAUAUUCGUUAUUUUUUUAAACGAAUCACGAGCAGUCUGCCUCAACAUAACAUUCAUACGCACGCCUCCGUACCUAGUUGCCAUCCAGUCGAGCUUGAUCAAGUUUGUGAUUUUUUUAUUGUCUCAGGUGUUGUAAAGGUGUUAUCGAGAUUCAAUCUUUUUGCCAUAUCGUCUUUGGUGCUAUCUCAGCUUGUCGGUCUCACCAGUGGCUCUCAAGUUGUUCUCCGUUCUGUGAUAUAAGAAAUAGUGAGAUUAGGGUGACUUGCGUCCCGUCCGAGCCCACUCCUGCCGUUAGUUAACACAAGAUUAUUGGUAUCUACAGCGCCACUAAGUAGCGAUCCUUCCGGAACGUGCCUCCUCCUCCCGAAGAUUGAUUAACAAAGAAAUCACUUAAAAGGGGCGUAAUACAGGUUCAGGUAAUUAAAGGACACAAGUACAAAGGAUCAGUGUUGUUUUCUGCCUUGACACGUUGUUACUACGAUAUUAAAUCCUAACUUCUCGAUGCGCCACAGCUAGCUCCGUACCUCCAGUACUCUGCGUUCCUCUCACUGGCCGAGAUCACAGACAAACGCACACUCGGCCAUCACACGUGCUUCCAAGAUGAAUAAUCACGUUAGAUAACAAGGCACACUGCACACUUUUGAUCCCUCGUGCGCGUCAAGCUGUCUAGUUGUCAGAUCUUAAUUCUGAGAGCUGCAGUACCGUGUUGGCAUCACUUACAUGCACCGAAGAGUCUAGACGGGACCUCCGUCGGCCUGGUGCUCAGCUGAGUGCCGAGGCCGUCAGUGGCGCCGCGACGUCAGGACCUGGACUUACUCUGUCUUAUCCCCUAAGCCUUCGCUAUGACAGUCACCUACACUAGUAACGUAGCCACCUGCAGAGGCUUUGGCUGCUUCUGGAAGCUUCUUUUCAGAUGGAAAGGGAGCAUCUACAAGUUGGUGUGGCCGGAGCUGCUUGCUUAUAGCUGCCUGUAUUACGCCUGUAACUUGUCCUACAGGUUCGCACUGAAUGAAGAGCAGAAAAGACUCUUCGAGAAGGUGUCCGUGUACUGCCAAUACUUCAGUGACCUCAUCCCACUGUCCUUCGUGCUCGGCUUCUAUGUGUCCAUCGUGGUGCAGCGGUGGUGGGAGCAGUACAUGUCCCUCCCCUGGCCGGACUCCCUGGCACUCUUCGUAUCCACCUCCAUGCACGGCCUUGAUGAGCGAUCACGUUUGAUGAGACGGACGGUGAUGCGUUACGUGAACCUGACAGAGAUCAUCACCUUCAUCAUGAUCAGCCCAGGCGUGAAGAAGCGGUUCCCAACCCUAGAACACCUGGUAGAAGCAGGUAUCCUGACAUCAAAUGAACAGAAGAUAUUUGAUGACCUAAACGCCAAGACUUCACACAGCAAGUACUGGAUGCCGCUGGUGUGGGCAGGCAGCAUCAUUGCACGAGCCAGGAAAGAAGGCAGGAUACGAGAUGACUUUGCUGUCAAAACUAUGUUAGAUGAGAUCAACAGGUUUCGUGGAUUGUGUGGAGGUUUGCUAAGUUAUGAUUGGAUUAGCAUACCUCUUGUAUAUACUCAGGUUGUGACUCUGGCAGUGUACUCCUUCUUCAUUGCUGCAAUCAUGGGACGACAAUUUUUGGAUCCAGCUCAGAAGAUUCCAAAUCAUGAAGUGGAUUUUUAUGUUCCUGUGUUUACACUCCUGCAAUUUUUUUUCUAUAUGGGUUGGUUGAAAGUGGCUGAGUCUCUUGUGAAUCCCUUUGGCGAAGAUGACGAUGACUUUGAGAUCAACUGGCUGGUAGAUAGAAAUUUGCAGGUUUCUUAUCUUAUAGUAGAUGAGAUGCACAGUGAACAUCCAGAACUGAUCCAAGACAUGUACUGGGAUGAGGUGUUUCCCCAAGAAUUGCCAUACACUAUUGCAGCUGAACAGUUCAGGCGGGAACCACCUCAAGGUUCUACAGCAAAUAUUGAAGUGUCAGAGCAAGACCAAGAGUUUCUACCUAUGGUUGAGGAAGAAGAAGACGAAGGAAUUCAUGAUUCUAUUUCUGGAAUCAAUGAUGACAUGGAGAAAGGAGGCACAAGAGCUAUUGAUAUUAUGAAAAAGCCAAGGAGUGCAAGGUCAUCCAUAUCAGGGAUGGCAUCGUCCCAACCCCUGUCAUCCCGCAAGCCUUCAAUGUUAUCAAUGUUGUUUAACAGACUAACAUCCAACAGCCAAGAAAAUGUUCGACGCCAAGGCCUCAAGCCUAAUAUGAGCAGCGCAUCAGUUCGUCAUGGAAGGCGGCCUCGGAGCCUCAAGAGAUCUGGAUCCCGAGUGUCAUCAGCAUCUCAGGAUAGCGCCAUAUUCCGCAUGUCAGGACUGUCACUCAACACACAUGGUGGGGAAGAUAUCACAAGUCCUCGCUCAAAGACGAGACACAAUUCCUGUGGUGAUGAUGAUGAGCAUAUUGUUAUCAAGAUCAAACGAAGAGAUAAUGAUGGACAUGUCAUAACGUCACACACACCUGAUGAUUUUGACAGUACAAGUGAUUCUGGCAAAGCACUACUAAUUGGAAAACAGAAAAGACCAGGAGCUUCUUCCAUAUUUAGAGAAGGAACGGAAGAAGAGCCUUUCAUCAACAGUGAAAAAGUGAAAGGGCUUCCCGACAAUAAGAGUCUUGGCAGCAGUGCUUCAAUUCGCACAUCCAUUUUUCAUGGCGAUGGACCAGAAAUAGAUAAUGGUGAAGAAGAAAAGAGAGAGCUUCUUACACAAAAACAAGGAAGAAGUAUGACUAAUAUGAAUCUUAAAGGAUUAUCAAAGACCAUUAGUGUUCCAAGCAGAUCCCAGCAAGAACAGCCAAGCUCAUCAUUAUCCUUUCAUAGACUCAGUAGUGAAACCAUAGAAAAGAGAGUAUCACAGUCUGAGCAACUUUUAUCGGAAGACGACUCCUUCUUGCCUGACCUGCAAAGACAAGAUGAAACCAGCACCAGUGAACCAGUUUCACCUUCACACAAAUCUCCAGUACUGCAGUCCAUGGCAUCAAAAAGCUUAGCUGCCUUUGAUGCUCCUGUGGAAAAAGACAAAAAGUCCAGCACUCAUCCUACUACCUCACCUUUUGAAGCAGAUGAAUCCAUGCUGUAUAAACCUUUCAGUGGAGACUUAAGUGUGUGCCUUGAAGAGGCCAGUCCCAAGGCCAGUAGUUCUGAAGGGAAAUUUUCAUACAUGAAACCUGAGCCUGGUUCAGUUUUUCAAAGUAGUCCUGACCAGCAAGUAGUACCUAAAGACACAUUGGAAACAAUCAUUGAGGGUCCUUUAGAAAGCAUAGCUGAAGUUGAACAUGUAGAAGAAAGAGAAAGCUACAAAUGUGAUACUAGUAAGUUAUAAUGGUUGUUAAUAAGUAAUAUAUCUAAAUAUUAGAGUUUCAAAAUUAAAAUACAUAUUGUAAAGGUAGGUUUUACAGUCACAAAAUAUAACACAAAAGCACAAAUUUUCCAUUUUCAUAUAUUUUAAUUUAAGUAGAUUUAUUCCAAGAUAAUAAAUUAAAAUUAUUCAUUACUAUGUGAUAGUAAUUACAGUAUCAGAUACUGGCCUGUAUUUGUUUGCAUAACUUUUUGUAUUUUAUGUAAAUAUGAUUUGUUUUGUUUCCAGUAAUGAAGUAAAAUGUAAUUUUUUGUAUUUUGUAGUUGUACUGUUUGGAAACAUACAUACCAUUGUUA